AAAGAGCGCCACACACUACGAGGGAACCCCAUCAGCUGGAAGUAGAGUAUCAUUACAACUCUUCAGGCUCAUCAGACGUUGCGUUCGUAUGCAAACAACGGCGAAUUCAGUCGCAUAGUCCGAAUUGUUCUUAUUAAAUGCGCAGUUGCUCGCGAAUACAACGCAGAAAAGAGCGACGAUUCAUAAUAAGCGAAGUGUUGGGAAGAAACGCGGACUCAAAGCUGGAGAGGAAAGCAUGGAGUAUUUCAUGGUACCAGCUCAGAAGGUGCCCUCCUUGCAACAUUUUAGGAAAACGGAAAAAGAAGUCAUAGGGGGCUUGUGUAGUUUAGCAAACAUCCCGCUAACACCGGAGACGGCACGGGACCAAGAACGACGCAUUCGCAGGGAGAUUGCUAACAGCAAUGAGCGCAGGCGCAUGCAGAGCAUCAAUGCUGGUUUCCAGUCCCUCAAAACACUCAUCCCACAUAGCGAUGGAGAGAAGUUGAGCAAAGCUGCCAUCUUACAGCAGACUGCCGAAUACAUCUUCUCUUUGGAGCAGGAAAAGACACGGCUACUGCAGCAAAACACACAGCUUAAGCGAUUCAUCCAGGAGUUCAGUGGCUCAUCCCCCAAGAGAAGGCGUGCAGAGGAGAAGGAUGAAGGAAUAGGCUCUCCAGAUAUUAUGGAGGAGGAGAAGGUGGAGGACCUGCGGCGAGAAAUGAUUGAGCUCCGGCAACAGCUGGAAAAAGAACGCUCAGUGCGCAUGAUGCUGGAGGAACAGAUUCGCUCUCUGGAUGCCCACCUAUACCCUGAGAAACUGAAGGUGAUCGCCCAGCAGGUGCAGGAGCAGCAUGUGCAGACGCAGACUUUGCUUCGCCUGCAACAGCAGGAACAGCUGGAAAGAGAGAGCAAUCCUGCUCGCAGUACACAGGUAUAUUCUCCAGCCACACCAUCUGCCCCCACCCAUCACACCACUGUUAUUGUUCCUGCCCCAACGUUGCCACCUCCUCCCCAUCAUGUCACAGUGGUAACGAUGGGCCCUGCAUCUGUAAUUAACACAGCCUCAACAUCACGACAGAACUUGGACACCAUAGUGCAGGCUAUCCAGCACAUUGAGGGCACACAGGAGAAGAUGGGUGUGCCUGAGGAAGAGCAGCGUCGGGCAGUCAUAGUCACUCCUGGUCGCGCCUUGAAUGACACCGCAGACUCAGACACUGCCUCUGACAAUGAAGGUUCUGAGGACUGUUAACUGCACCAGGCAAAAAGGGUGGCCAUAUGGAGGGGCCUCCUACAGACUCUUUCUCGCUCCCUCUCAUUAUCUCUUUUUCACAUAGGCAUACAAACCCAUAGGGUAGGAAAUGGUUUAGUCAAACAUUCAAUGAACAAAAAAAAACCCCCACAACUAAAUAGCAGACUUACUGUCUCACUCACAUGCACACUUGGUCUACUCCCACUCUCAUACAGUGCAUUGAAUAAUUUUUAUCAAUCCAGCCCAUGAUGGUGCAUCCACAACAUCCAUCUAAACAUCAGUUGCCAAAAAAGCAUUUUCUUUUCCAUUCAUAUAUGAUGUUUUAUAGACCUCAGUCAGCUGUCUCCCAUGGCUUUUUGUCUGUGUUCACCCACUCUCUGCUGCUCUUCUCUGGAGUGAAGAGUUUCUUCGGCCUUUUCAUCUCCAACUUAUCCCUUUCUUUAUUUUUCUUUGUAAAUUCUCUAACUGGAGAAAUCUUUACCAGCCUGUCCCUCUCAUACCUUUUGACCGUUUUUUUUUUUUUUUUUUUUAAUU